GCCAUUUUUAAAAUCCGAUCAAAACAUUACAUCAGCUCGGAUGUAUUAAUUUAUAAGUCUAUUUAGAUUUAAACUUAAAGGAGUGACAUACCGUCGUGAAUGGAGUAUCACAUCCCGCAAAAGGUCCGUUUUUCUCCCGUACCAUCGCCUCCGAGGAAAUUUGACCCUCAGCUGCAGGAGGAGCGCUGUCGAGCCGAGCAUUUUUCUCCCCCGUCAUCCGAUCUGACACUAUAUUCAAUGGUUACAGCCUAACAGCCAUCACACCGCGGACCCUCUUUCACAGAACACCCAAUUUUAAGUCACAAAAUGGCAGUUUUCAGCUCACAGGUGCUUCUCGCUGUAACAAGAUCAAGAGGAUCCUACUUGCUUUCUAAAAGACACGGCAGUGUUUCGCUCCGGUCGACUGCAUGCGUGCGCUAUCAUUCAGAGUUCGUCGGACAGGCUGCCGUCACAGCCAGGUGUCCCAGGCCUCUGUACCCCUGUUACACAUCCAGCUUGAUCCGCCCUGGUUGCGUAGCCGCACGUCCCCUCCACAGCUCUUGUGCGUGGCUGCAAGAGGCGAAGGACACCGCUGGGGGUUCUGAACCCAUCAAGGGUGACGCUGUCCCGGCCGCCUCCGCCACUCAACCACUGCCAGCACCACCAGCAGUGCCAAGGAAGUCUCUGGGACAGAAAGUUCUGGAUGAGCUCAAGCAUUACUAUCAUGGCUUCCGCCUUCUUGGCAUCGACACCAAAAUCGCUGGCAGGAUGGUCUGGAGGUUACUGCACGGGCAGCUGCUCACCAGGAGGGAGAGGAGGAGGCUGAUGCGGACAUGUGCCGACUUGUUCCGGCUCUUGCCCUUCAUGGUCUUUAUCAUCGUUCCGUUCAUGGAGUUUCUGCUCCCCGUUUUCCUCAAACUCUUCCCAGAAAUGUUGCCUUCCACAUUUGAGACCGAGUCCAAGAAGGAGGAAAAACAGAAGAAGGGACUUGCUGCUAAACUGGAGCUGGCCAAGUUCUUGCAGGAGACCAUUGCUGAGAUGGCCAGGAGGAAUAAAGCAGCUGUAGGAGACGAGACUCAGAAGUUCUCCACUUACGUACAGCAGGUGCGGCACACGGGUGAACAGCCCAGCACUAAAGACAUCGUGAAGUUCUCCAAGCUCUUUGAGGACGAGCUGACGCUGGAGCAUCUGGAGCGGCCGCAGCUGGUGGCGUUGUGCAAACUCCUGGAGCUGCAGCCCAUCGGCACCAAUAACCUGCUGCGUUUCCAGCUGAUGAUGCAGCUGCGCACCAUCAAGGCGGACGAUGAGGUGAUUGCCACCGAGGGUGUGCCUGCAAUGAAUGUAGCAGAGCUUCAAGCCGCCUGCAGGAGUCGCGGCAUGAGGUCUUUGGGUCUGACCACAGAUCAGCUCCGACAGCAGCUACAGCAGUGGCUGGACCUGCACUUGAAAGAGAAUGUCCCACCGUCCCUCUUGCUGCUCUCCCGUGCAAUGUACCUGACGGACCUCACUCCUAAACCUCCAAUCAUCCCACCGGUGCCCAAAUUGGAGAAGGCCACUCCUCCUGUGGAGGCUGAAACCGCAGCCAAAGGGAACCCACUGUCCUCCUCAGUGGAGGUGCUGGUGGACUCCGCUCCUGUCAUCAAAGACAGAAAGUCAGAAGAAUUGUUGGAGAAACCCAGAGGGUUGGACAUGCCAUCGCCCGAAGCUCAGUUAAUACAUGCUAAAGAGGCAGAGUUGUCACAGAAAUCCAAGAUGAGCGCCAAUGGGAUAUGAGAGGUGCUUCAUGUUUCCACACUCAUCUUAUUCUGUCGGAGAAGAGGGUGAAGGUUCGAGUUUGUCCUCUUCUGCUGAGUAAGCUUCUCUCUGACAGUCCAGGACCUUUCACACAGACGUGAUGGACUGGCCGCAUCACAUCCUCCAUCGACAUCUGGUCCUCCAAAAAGGAGGAAAAUGGUUUAUGUUAGACUUUAGACAUCACUCCUUCUUGACAUCCGUGACAUGUUUACAUCUGAAGAUUUGACAAAUUCUGUACAUUUGCAAUGGAAAAAGCAUCAAGACUCGUACCAGCCAGGAAAUGAAUAAGGAACUCGUAAGAUUUGCCUCUUUUUGCUUAACUUCAUUAUGUAAAUGUGUAAAUAAAUUGUACAAUAUCUGCAUAUUAUAUAAGUGCUACUGCUUCAUAGAGUCGGCUGUGCCAUGUGCAUAGGCUAACAGAUGAAAGAAAUCAUAUUAUUUUAAUAUGAGGAAUGCACAUGCUUGCAUUCUGGAUUUAGUUUGGCAGAUGAGUUGUAAAUGGCCAAGUAUGAGUGUAUUUUUUUUAUUUGAAAUUUUCAAAUUCCCCUUUCCAAGGGAAUUUUACGUUCACUCCCUCAGGGGAUGCGAUUAGCGGUGUAGCGAUUACGCCAGGCCUGCCUAUGGCAGACUGCAGUUUGGCACAAAAAAAAGGUUUUAUCAUAAAGUGUGUAUUUAAUUUGUUCAUUCGUAUGCUGUGUCCCUCAUCGAAUCAUGCAUUUACAUUUUCCUUGGCGGAAAAGCCAAAUGACUACUGGAGUCAUAAGUUUACGUUUCGCUUAUGGUGAAAAAUAUUCAAAAUUCCCCCAAAGAGAAAUGUUUAUUUUUUGAUUCAUGUACUGUUUGGAUUAUUGUGAUUCAUGUUGCACUGGAUAAACCCAGGGAGGGAAAACAAUAUUUUAUGGCAAUACUGUAAAGUUUUCAUUUAAAAAGCAUUGAAUCCCCUAAAA